AACCAACAACAAUAAUAAAAAUCACAACAAUAAGAACAAGACUAGGACUAAGCGCAAAAAUACGCCAACACCAUUUUUGCGUUCCGAUUCGAUUCGAUACGGUAACUUAUAGGUCAUAUCAAAUACAUCAUUAAUUAAUACGAGUAUCAGUGCCGGGAAAGUGUUCUAUCAAGUGCCUCGACGCGACGUGAAAAUGCAUGAAAAUUGUUGCCGGGACAAGCGAAAUGCUCCAACGUGGGCAGCUUGCCGCAUUCUUUAACCGCAAACUUCGCAACCACACAUAAAGUUCGCAUAACUUUAACUUCGAUUCAGCUCCAGCUGCCGCUGUGACGUCACGUAGUUCACUUAAAUUAAAAGAAGCGCAACAACUUUGAGGACAAAUUGAACAAUUUUCAGCUUAAAGACACAUUGAACUCGAGGAUCUUGAGUUUCGGCAUCAAUUGAAGCUGAGCCAACGGCAACUACACAAAUCUCAGCAGUGGCGUCCAGCCAAACCCAAAUCGUUGCGCCGAUAGCGGCGAAUAUAUCUCCCUCCAGCAUCAGUUCCCAGCCACCAGACAUGUCCAUCUCAUUAGCGCCAAUACAUAUACCCGCGAUCAGGCCCGGCUUCGAGGCGGAUGCCACGACGCCAGUUAAGCGACAUGCGCAUCCGUGGCCAUAUGAAAACGAGUUCAACCAGUACCAUGCCUCGCCAUACUAUCUCGACCGGGAUCGCAAGCCCAUGUUCUACGGCUACCCAGAGACCCAGUUUCAGCCAGCAUAUUGGCCCAACUACCGUGAUCAGCCGAGCUCCGCAGCAGCGGCGGCCUACAUGAGCGCCACCGACGAGCGCCAUGCAUCAGUCAGCGCAGCAGCAGCGGCGCGACAAUCGGUGGAGGGCACCUCGCAGUCCAGUUAUGAGACGCCCACCUACUCCUCCCCAGGCGGACUGCGCGCCUUCCCCGAGCCCUACUCGAGCACAGGAACUUCAGGAGGUCUGUCGGUUGGUGCCGUGGGACCGAUGACACCGACGAAUGCGAUGCACGAAUGGACUGGCCAGGUGUCGGUGCGAAAAAAGCGCAAGCCGUAUUCCAAGUUUCAGACCCUUGAGCUGGAGAAGGAGUUUCUAUUUAAUGCGUAUGUGUCCAAACAGAAGCGCUGGGAGUUGGCCCGCAAUCUGCAGUUGACAGAGCGUCAGGUUAAGAUCUGGUUUCAAAAUCGUCGCAUGAAGAACAAGAAGAACUCACAGCGACAGGCCACACAGCAGAACAACAACAACAACUCCAGCAGCAAUCACAACCACGCCCAGGCGGCACAGCAGCAUCACAACAACCAUCACCUGAACUUGGGUCUGAGCAUGGGUCAUCAUGCCACCAAAAUGCACCAGUGACCUUUGGACAACAGCAGCGCCGGCGCCAUGGGCUUUGCUACCUACUAGCAGUUAGCCAACCCCAAUCCCAAUUCCAAUGCGAAUCCCAAUCCCAAUCCAAAUCAGAAUUCAAUAAAAAACGAAAUGAUUAUGGACUUUCCAUGCUAGUUGCGAGAUCGAUCAAUUGAGUACGGACAGAGUACAAAAUACAGAUGUGUACUAUGUGUUAUAACCCAGCGGAUUAGUUGGGUGAUUGGGAAUUCGAUAUGGAAGUGGAUGGGGAUGGGAAAAAACUAAAGGAAAUUGCGUUGGCGUCGCUGUUUUCAAAGCUAAAUUCGUUGGCAGAUCAUGCCGAACAAGGGGAGUUGAAGUCUACGUUUAAUGAAAUGCAGUUAAUUAAUAAGUCAGUUCUUAAAAUAUCUAUAAACAAUUACAAAUGUAAAUCGCCCAGUUAAAUUGAUGCUUGGCAAAUGGCAAAUGGCAAAAGGCAAAUGAUCAGAGAAUCCCAAAAUUACAAAAUGAGAAAAGAUGAGAAAAUAAAUAAGAAAAUUGAAAAUAUGAAUGAAAUGAGACGCAGAAUGAAUAUAGUAUAUGUAUGUAUUUGUAUUUGUAUUUCUCUCAACGCUCUAAUAAUUAAAUACGCAUUAAUUAAUAAUAACAAUUUCAACUAUGAAUAAUAUAUGCAUAUACAAAAUACAUUGUACUACCCCUAAUAAUAAUAACAAUACAACAAAAACAACAACAGCAACAACAAUUCGAGUAGUAGAUUCUAAUUGUAAGUGCAGUUCGUACAUCAAAUGCAAUUGUAGGCCACAACAGACAACAACAAAUUGUUUAACAAUUUCCACACACACACACACUGAAACACUUUUACACUUAACACAGAGACACAGCGCCGCACUUUUAGCAUAAAUUUUGUCAAAUAUUGUUCGUUGUGUCGUGUUCUUAGAUAAAUUUUAAGUUCCUGUAUAUAAACUAAGACGUAAAAUCGGAAUGAGAAGAGAAAAACGUAAUUAAACACAAUUAGCGAAACCGUCUGAAACUUAUUUUGGUUUUGUGAACAUAAACAAAAUUAAUAUAAUCGAAAUCGAAAAACUAAAAAACUAAAAAGAAAGAAAAAACAAAUCGAAUAACACAUGAGAAUACAAAAAUUAGAAAUGCAAAAUGUCAAAUUCGAUCUUAUAAAAUGUAAGUUUUUUGAUGUGUGUGCAUGUUUACUCCAUAGUUAAAGGCGCUUUCGAUCUAAACAAAAAAACCAAAAACAAAACAAAAAUUGAAACAUAAAUAAUUAAUGAAUAAUUAUGAAUAAUUGCACGUAAAUUAAAACUAAAGGGAACGCUAAAGAAAAAUGGGGAAUACAUUGCAAUUGAAAUAUGAAUAAGAAACAAAAAAAAAAAGAAAACAGAAUUGAACAUUGAGAGAAGAAGUUGAGCGAGAAGUUAUUUACGAUA